AGAGCCUCAUAAAUUUAUGCUAAAUAAACACGAACCUAGUUUCUUCCUGCAACACGGAUUACGUUACGCCGUCAUCGUCGUCAGGUGGCAACCGGAUAAACAAGGAGGCCUCAUUCCGGGGGAAUGUGACUGCAGCCACUCCAACCGGUGCGCUCCAGAUAAUCAGUCCUCGAGGAUCUUUCGUACGGUUCGAAUCAUAUUUUUUUUUUCCUGUACGUAUUACGAACGCGCGUUUCUCCCCUUUUUUUCGAGCACCAUUGUUUGCCAAUGGAAGCGGACAUUUUUUAAUUAUGUAGUAAAAUCAUUAUCCAGCUUGGUACAGUUCGUAGCCGGUGAGGAACGUGUAGUGGAGUAAUAAUUAUUACCCAGUCGGGCAAUGAACAGCCUACGAUAUCCGUUCUGAGACUGGUUGAAAAAUCUCUGAGGAAAAGCGGAUUUUCUUGCCUCGCUCUUCUUGGUGGCACGAGCGCAUCUCAGUAGGCGCGCUUCAAUUUCUUACCACGUGUGUCUCGAGCAAAUCUCAGCUUACUGAGUAGACACGGAGGAAAUUUUGUGAUGAUCUUGUACUAACGGUUACUAGAACGAGAGAAAGUUCGUGGAUAUUUUUGUUUCAGUGUAGCCCGUGAUCUGUAUGAAAGGGAUAUUUUUUUUCCUGGUUAAGAGCAGCUCGAGCGGAAAAUUAAAUUUUCUUUGGAAAUUCGAGCGAAAAAAGUGCACAAACCGAAGCAGUUGCUUCGGUACUUUGGAAGGAAUUAAUUAUGCUUUCGCCGAGCAGUUUAGACGAAAUCAAGGAACGGAUUAGCAAAAACGAAGAAAAAAUUCACGUCCUGCAAGCCAUCAACAACGUCCUAAAGGAGCGCCAUGAAAUCGAAUCCAACUACAAGAACCUGGCGCUGAAGUUCCGCGACAUGCAAGAGGAAGAGGCCCACCGGAGGGCGAAGGUUUGCAGUUUCGAUGAAGCACGCAAACGGCAACUGGAGGAACUACAGGCCAAGGGUGAAGCCCUCUGUCGGGAAAAGGCGAAAUUGCAACAUCAGAUCGAGCACGUCACGUGGCACCUGGAGGGAUGCCGACGGAGGCGGCCCUGCUUAGCGCGGUUACCGGAGAACUGUCCGCUCAAGGGGGACGCACCAAGCUGUUUGCCACAUUCGCCGGAGAAACUAAAGAUUAUGGCAAACAUGAAAAGCACCGCGGAUCACUUGGUUAGAGGAAUCAUGGAUUUACGAAAGAAAAUUCACAUUGUACAGGAUAAACUGGAGCAUGAAGUGGCGCGCAAAAAGGACAUGGAGAAGAAGCUGUCCGAGCUGCGGAAGCAGAUCUGCCAGCACAACAAAUGUAUGCAACAGGCAGGACACCGAGAACACGCCCAUCACCACGCUCAUCACCACCAUCAUGGAGGGAUGGGUGGUCACGCUGGUGGUGGCGGAGGAGGCGGAGGUGGAGGCGGUGGUCAUGGAGCCACCUUGUUGCCACCGAUUAAAAACUGCAUGACGGCCAAAUAGCAGCGGGCCGCCUCGGAACUGGUGAAUGGACACCACCGGCAGAAGAAGAAAAAACAGAAGCACCAGUGUCCCCACGGGAACUACGUUAAACUACCGCGACCGUGUUCGGAAGAGUUGCCAUGAGAUGAUUUCGACCAGCCAUGCCACGCCACACACCCAUGCUUGAUUAGCAGUUGAUUUAUCGGGAAGAAAACAUAAGAGAAUUGUUACCAGGUUAUGUUUGAGAGCUGUUUGGAUUGAGUUAUCCGAAAAUAAGUUGUUGUACAGUGCAUCAAAUGCAGUUAGUCUAAAUGGUUAUGUAGGAAAAGUAUAUAUAAUUUGCUUUGAACAGAUUCAGAAAUUAUAAUGUUAUAGCUCAAUAAUGCUGUGUACAGUUACGUUUGUAUAAUUUUAUGAAAUAUUUAUGCCUAAGUCUAGCGUCCACAAACACUACAACACAACACUACUACUGCCGUUACCGAACACUUACUAUUCAUAUCAUACUGGGCAUCUAGCUUCUCCUACUAGUUGAUGUAGUUCCAUAUUAC